AUGGCUUCUUCUCUCACUGCCCAAAUAUCAUGUGCCACUCACCCCUCUGCCCCUUCUUUCUCCGGCCUCCGCCGCACUUGUCCCAUGCUCGACGCCGCCGUCUCCUUCUGCAACCGCGUUAAUCCCUCUAUCCGUCUCGUUUCCUCCUCUCAGCACCGGUCGCCAAGAGGCGUUGUCGCCAUGGCCGGAUCCGGAAAGUUUUUCGUUGGAGGAAACUGGAAGUGUAACGGGACUAAGGAAUCCAUCUCAAAGCUUAUCUCCGACCUCAACAGUGCAUCCUUGGAAGCCGAUGUAGAUGUUGUUGUGUCGCCUCCAUUUGUGUACAUAGACCAUGUCAAAUCUUCCAUGACAGACCGUAUUGAGAUAUCUGGUCAGAACUCUUGGGUUGGCAAAGGUGGAGCCUUCACUGGUGAAAUCAGCGUGGAACAGCUCAAAGAUAUAGGAUGCAAAUGGGUCAUUCUUGGGCAUUCCGAAAGGAGACAUGUCAUCGGAGAAAAGGAUGAGUUUAUUGGGAAGAAAGCUGCGUAUGCAUUGAGUGAGGGCCUUGGAGUAAUAGCUUGUAUCGGGGAGAAGCUAGAAGAGAGGGAAGCAGGCAAGACUUUUGAUGUUUGCUUCCAGCAAUUGAAGGCCUUUGCUGAUGCUGUGCCUAGCUGGGACAAGGUAGUGGUUGCAUACGAGCCUGUAUGGGCAAUUGGAACUGGUAAAGUUGCAUCUCCUCAGCAAGCACAGGAAGUCCAUGUAGCUGUCCGCGAUUGGCUCAAGAAGAAUGUCUCUGAGGAAGUCUCUUCCAAAACCAGAAUCAUAUACGGAGGUUCUGUCAACGGAGGCAACUGUGCAGAGCUUGCCAAAGAAGAAGACAUUGAUGGUUUUCUCGUCGGUGGUGCCUCCUUGAAGGGGCCUGAGUUUGCGACCAUUGUGAACUCUGUCACGUCCAAGAAAGUUGCUGCUUGA